AUGUCAGACCUUUCACCGGUGAAUCCAAAGCCAUUUCUACGAGAUCUUAUAAAUAAAAGGACAGUGGUCACUUUAAAGUUUAACAAAACGCAGUACAAAGGUAUCCUGGUUUCAACAGAUAACUACUUCAAUUUGCAGCUUUCGGAUGCCGAGGAGUUUAUAGAUUCGCAAUCCAAGGGCAAGAUUGGUGAGAUUUUCAUUCGUUGUAAUAAUGUUUUAUGGAUUGGUGAGGAUUUGUCAGGUAACGAUGCUAGCGAAAAAGAGGUGGACAAGAGUGCAGAAGUAGGCGAAACCGCUGACAAUGAGGCUAUAGAGGCUCAUCAAGAUGUCGAGAUUCAAAAUGACAAUAAAUAG